UGUGAGCGCUAGGCCGUGUUCAGGUCUGAGUGAAAAGACAAAAGGACAGUUAUAAACACCGCUACAUCCACAACCAAGACUUUCUUUAUCAGGGGAGCGGAGAUUUAUUUCAUUAAAAAGACGAAGAUUAAAAUCCUUCAGAAUAAGACGGUGGCACACUGCAUAAAUAAGGAUUUUUCUUCAGUGAGUAGUCAAGAGAGACUGCAAGACAGAAAAGACAGCUAAUAAAAGCAGAAUUGGAUUGAUUCUGUUUUAAAUUUUCAACUGAAAUUCAGUCACGGGGUCAUUUAGAUAUAUCUACAAGUUUACUAGGAGCAUCUUGUUUGAUGUAUCUUACAGAAAAAUAAAAUACCAGGCAGGAAUUUUAACAAAGGGCUAAGGACUGUAACCUGAAAUGAACAUUACUGAGUGGUAACAGCUCUUUUUGAAUCCAAAACAGUUUAAAAGGUACUGAAGCUUUUUUCAGAAAAAAAGUAGGACAAAUUUAAGACCGUUAUUAGUAGAACCUAUAGCAAUAAAAUUUCGCCAUAUUUGUGCUAAAAGGCCAAACCUGAAUUACAAAAAAUUGCCCAUUUUGAGUUGAUACCUUGUAGACGGGUUAUAUUUAUUUUUGUAAAUAAUUUUUUUCUUCUUUUUGGGAGAGUUUUUUUUAUAAAUUGUUUUCAUACAUCAGCUCCUCUUCUUUUCAAGAGGUCUGUACGUACAAGUGACGAAACAAAAAUCUGUUUACAUAGUAAAACGUUGCGUUUUACAGUAGCAGUAAAAAAAAAAAAAGAAGAAACUUUAAAUAUAAAAAAAUAGACUUUGAGAAACAAUGGCUACUGCAAGAACAGAGAUCCCUGCCUCAGUGAUGGCGCUGGCCAGGCAGAAUGGGCAAUCCAAGCCGGUGGGCCUUCAGUCAGGAAAGAAAGAGAGCAGCUUAUCACACACCAGUGGUGGAAUCAGAUGUGGAGAUGACUGGAAGAAGUCCCUGCAGCUCCCAGAAAAAGACAUGAGAGUACAAACCUCAGAUGUAACUGCGACCAAGGGAAACGAGUUUGAAGAUUAUUGCCUUAAACGUGAGUUGCUGAUGGGGAUCUUUGAAAUGGGCUGGGAGAAACCCUCUCCUAUCCAGGAGGAGAGCAUUCCCAUUGCUUUGUCCGGUAGGGACAUCUUAGCUCGGGCCAAGAAUGGCACAGGAAAGAGCGGCGCCUACCUCAUUCCUCUCCUGGAAAAGAUUGACCUUAAAAAGGAUUACAUUCAAGCUUUAGUGUUGGUACCCACCCGAGAACUGGCCUUGCAGGUGAGCCAAAUUAGUAUUAACAUGAGCAAGCACAUGGGUGGAGUCAAGGUUAUGGCCACCACUGGUGGCACUAACUUGAGGGAUGACAUCAUGCGCCUGGAUGAGAUGGUUCAUGUUAUAAUAGCCACUCCAGGCAGAAUUCUAGACCUUAUAAAGAAAGGUUUGGCCAAAGUUGAUAAAGUCCAAAUGAUGGUGAUGGAUGAGGCAGACAAGUUGCUUUCUCAGGACUUUGUUGUUCUUGUUGAGGACAUCAUUAGCUUUUUUGACAAAAAUCGUCAGAUUCUGCUCUACUCGGCCACCUUUCCCGUCACCGUACAAAAAUUCAUGUCUAGACAUCUCAAAAAACCCUACGAGAUUAACUUGAUGGAUGAGCUGACGCUGAAAGGCAUCACUCAGUACUACGCCUAUGUUGCAGAGAGACAAAAAGUGCACUGUCUCAACACACUCUUCUCCAAGCUCCAGAUCAAUCAGUCGAUUAUCUUUUGUAACUCAACCCAGAGGGUGGAGCUUUUGGCUAAGAAGAUCACACAACUGGGCUACUCUUGUUUUUACAUCCAUGCAAAAAUGAUGCAGGAAUACAGAAACCGUGUGUUCCAUGACUUCAGAAACGGUCUGUGUAGAAACCUGGUCUGCACCGAUCUGUUCACGAGAGGAAUUGACAUUCAGGCUGUCAAUGUGGUCAUAAACUUUGAUUUUCCCAGGAACGCAGAGACCUACCUACACCGCAUCGGCAGAUCAGGCAGGUAUGGGCACCUGGGUCUGGCUAUUAACCUCAUCACGUCAGAGGAUCGUUUCAAUCUGAAGGGCAUUGAGGAGCAGCUGUUGACCGACAUCAAGCCCAUACCCAGCAGCAUUGAUAAGAGUCUGUAUGUGGCAGAGUUCCACUCAAUCAACUCUGAAGAGGAGGAGGGUGAGAGGGAGGAUGCACCGUAACUGAAGAAUGGAUGAAUGGUGUCUGGCAUGUUGCACAUCUCUUAAACCUGGAUGAUGUCGGCUUGCAUUCAGUUUGCUCAGUUGUCUGUUAAUAGUUGAUCACUUUCAUGGAUUUGCCAGCUCUGCAGAGCUCACAAACCACUAACUGUUAAUAACCACAACUCAGGUUCAUUGCACUGCUCAAACAAACUGCAGUUUAACAAGUAGGAAUGUUAAGAUGUGGUUUUGGGGAUCACCUUUUGUACACUUUGAACCCACUUUUGUACCCAUUACUACUUCUUAUUGAAAGGGGAUUUUACUACCCUGUAAGGGUUAAAAACAAUUCUGCACUGGUUAGUAUUGUUCAUUUCUGCAUGCUCUUAUAUACACAAAGUGCCUUUACUGAUCACUCCAUGGGCCCCCUGGUUCAGGAUUAUGUGCUGAUUAUAAAAGAAAAAACACAAUUGGUUUGGAUAUGUCUAAAACUGCCUAGAACGUACCAGUUUCUCAGUAGCCAAGAGUUUUCUGUUUUUAAUGUUUGUGGUUGUUUGUCCUUCUUUUCUUUCAUCGGAAAUGCUUCAGUGCAAAUGCUACUAUUAAAAUGCACUCGCCUAUGUUUUCAGCUUGUGUUAAACUGAGCCAACGUGCGUCCUUUUUUGUUAUAAUGUUGUUCAAAAGGUACCAUUUGUUGCAUUUUGUGAGCAGAUGCUUUUACAAAGGUUUAAAAAAAGUAAGAAGAACCAAAGAAUUCAGAUGUGAAUGCCAGUAUCACCAUUCUUAUGUAUGAAAAGAAAUAAAGUCCAGCAUAUUUUUCAUA